AUUUAUCUUCACCUAUAGGAGUACCUGUGAGCCAACUAUCAUCAUGAGAGGUUCCACUUUGUAGGUUCCACUUUUUCAUACUUUCUGUGUAUGGGCUCCAGCAACAUCUGAGGAAUAGGGCACAUUUCCUCCCGUGAAAUAUCUUUUUUCUUUGUUGCUUCACAUUCCCCUUGAUCGACAAGAAGAAGAGAACCCAAAUUGUCAAAGGACAUCCCUACUUCACCAGUGGACAGUUUAUCAUCUUUAUACAACCCUGUUCUCAGAUCUUGACAAGAAAACUUAAGGAAAUCCAGUUUAGAACAUCGGGAGAGAAAUUUACCACCAUUAGUUUAACUUUCCUUAGUUGUAUUGAAGUAUGCUUGAUCUCUGGAACAGUCUCCAGCAACAGAAGCUUUAGCCCUACCAAGUUCCACUUCUUUUUCUUGCUGCGUCAUGUUGCCCAGUGCUUGUUUCAUUUCCCUCAACUCUUUAUUUGUCUGUGCAGUCCUAUCCGUCAUGCUCGUCAUAACCUCCAAGAGUUUCUGCAAUUGGUCUUGAAUCUGUGAAAGCUUGUCAUCCAUUUCUGUUGUUGAUCCUUUUUGAUUCUUGUUCCGAUUUAUAAUCAUGCCAAGAAUCGGACUGCUCUGAUACCAAUUGAUGCACUUAAAGGGAUUCGUGACUGGAAAUCGUUAAUCUAGGAGGUAAGCUCGAAGAAGAUGAUAGCUAAAUCAAGGAUUAAUCCGAGAAUGUAGCUAAAAGAAAUUAUAGAGAAAAUAUAGAAGAGAGAAACUUGAGGAGAAAUGAUUGUUGGUCCCAGGAAAACACUAUUCAUGGAUGAAAUUUCUACUGGACUUGAUGGUUCUACAACUUUCCAAAUAGUCAAGUGCAUAAAAAAUUUUGUUCAUUUAAUGGAAGGAACUGUGAUGAUGGCUCUUCUUCAACCUGCACCAGAGACUUUUGAGUUAUUUGAUGAUCUGGUGUUACUGUCUGAUGGAUAUAUUGUGUACCAUGGUCCUCGAGCAGAUGUUAUUCCAUUUUUUGAGUCGUUAGGAUUUCAAUUGCCAUCUCGUAAGGGUGUCGCAGAUUUUCUUCAAGAGGUUACCUCCAGAAAAGAUCAGGCGCGAUACUGGGCUGAUAAUUCCAGACCAUAUGAGUUCAUUCCCGUUGAAACAAUUGCUGAAGCUUUUAGAAAUUCCAGAUAUAGUCAGGAUCUAAAGUCAUCUCUUUUGGCUCCAUAUGAUAUAUCUAAGAGCCAUCAUUUGGCUUUGUCUACGAAAAAGUUUGCUGCGUGCAGAUUGGAGCUCCUUAGGAUUUGUUUUUCAAGAGAAAUGCUUCUAAUGAGUAGGCAUAGUUUUCUACACAUCUUCAAAACAUGUCAGUUUAUGGGAUUUGUAACAUGCACACUGUUUCUAAGAACACGGUUACAUCCCACGGAUCUGGUGAAUGGGAACUUGUAUCUUUCUUGCUUGUUUUUUGGCUUGGUGCAUAUCAUGUACAACGGAUACACAGAACUCCCUCUCUUAAUAUUUUGUCUACCAGUAUUCUAUAAGCAAAGAGAUAAUUUCUUCUAUCCUGCGUGGGCAUGGUCCGUCAGUAGUUGGAUUCUGCAGAUACCUUACUCCAUAAUUGAAGCUGUUGGAUGGUCUUGUGUUGUGUAUUGGACUGUAGGUUUUGCACCUGAUGCUGGGAGAUUUUUCCGUUACAUACUUUUACUAUUUUCAGUACACCAAAUGGGGAUGGGUCUCUUUCAGUCAAUAGCUUCUAUUUCACGAGAUAUGAUCAUCGCAAAUACAUUUGGAUCGGCUGCUCUGCUAAUCAUACUUUUACUGGGUGGUUUUAUCUUGCCAAAAGAAAUGAUCAAACCAUGGUGGGUAUGGGUCUUUUGGGUGUCCCCAUUGUCCUACGGACAGCGAGCUAUUUCAGUUAAUGAAUUUACUGCCACGAGAUGGAUGGAGAAGAAAACAAGUGGAGAUGUUACCCUUGGUUACGAUAUUCUGCAAUCUCAUGGCCUACCAACAUCUGGUUACUGGUACUGGCGGGGAUUAGGAGUUCUAUUGCUCUAUGCUUUGCUUUUCAACAUUAUUCUGACUGUAGCCUUGGCUUUCCUCAACCCACUAAGAAAAUCUCAGGCAAUUAUCCCAGCUGAUUCCAGUGGUGUAAAUUCAGUUGCUGAUGGACCUGGCCAGGAGGCGACUAGAAAGAAAGGAAUGAUCCUCUCUUUCCAACCACUAACUAUUACUUUCCAUAAUGUCAACUACUUUGUUGACAUGCCAAAGGAAAUGAGUUCAGAAGGAAUACCUGAUAAAACGUUGCAGCUACUGUCAAAUGUUAGUGGAGUAUUCUCACCUGGCAUUCUUACUGCAUUGGUUGGUUCAAGUGGAGCGGGAAACACCACCUUGAUGGAUUGCCUAGCUGGUAGGAAGACUUCUGGACAUAUAGAGGGUGAUAUUAGGAUAUCAGGCUGCCCAAAACAACAAAAGACUUUCGCAAGAAUUUCAGGAUAUGUUGAACUGAAUGAUAUACAUUCUCCUCAAGUGACAGUAUUUGAAUCCCUGUGGUUUUCUUCUUAUCUCCGGCUCUCCAAAGAAGUGAAUGAAAAACAAAGACAGGAGUUUGUUGAAGAAGUAAUGGAGGAACUCAACUCUCUAAGGUAUGCUUUGGUUGGCUUGCCUGGCAGUUCUGGCUUAUCAACUGAACAAAGAAAACGUUUGACAAUUUCAGUAGAACUUGUAGCAAACCCAUCCAUAAUUUUUAUGGAUGAACCUACAUCUGGUCUUGAUGCACGAGCUGCAGUCAUUGUAAUGAGAACAGUUCGUAAUACAGUAGAUACUGGACGAACUGUGGUCUUUACAAUUCACCAGCCAAGUAUUGAAAUUUUUGAAGCAUUUGACGAGCUUCUUUUAAUGACGGGGGGACAAGUGAUAUAUGGAGGAAAGCUUGGGGAGAAGUCACAAACUAUGAUUAACUAUUUUCAGGGUAUUCAUGGGAUACCCCAAAUUCCUAGUGGUUACAAUCCUGCAACCUGGAUGCUUGAGAUAAGUACAUCAGCUGCUGAAGCAAAAAUAGAAGAAGAUUUUGCAACAAUAUACAAUUCUGAACAGUACAGGCAAGUUGAAGCCUUAAUUAAGCAUCUGGGCGUCCCACCUGAAAACUCAGAACCGCUGGGCUUCACAUCAAUAAAUAGUCAAGGUGCAGUUUCUCAGUUCAAGAUCUGCCUGUGGAAGCAAAAUCUCAUAUACUGGAGAAGUCCAUCAUACAGUUUUAUGAGGUUGUUCUUCACAACAAUGUGUGCAUUGAUUCUUGGUUCCAUAUUUUGGGAUGUUGGUUUGAAAAGGGACUCAACUCAAAACUUGUUUGUAGUAAUGGCCGCUCUUUAUGCUUCAGUCUUGUUUCUGGGGGCCAGUAAUGCUUCUUCUGUACAGCCAGUUGUUUCCAUUGAAAGAAUCGUUUUCUAUAGGGAAAAGGCUGCAGGAAUGUAUUCCCCGCUACCAUAUGCAGCAGCUCAGGGUCUAAUUGAGAUUCCAUAUGUCAUGAUCCAGACCUUAUUAUACGGAGUCAUUACAUAUUUCAUGAUCAACUUUGAAAGGGUAGCGGGCAAAUUUUUCCUCUACAUUCUUUUCAUGUUUCUUGCAUAUGUAGCCAUUGGUCUUACACCAACUCAACAUUUGGCUGCCAUCAUUUCAGCAGCUAUCAUUUCAUUGUGGAACCUCAUGUCUGGUUUUCUAGUUCCAAAACCUAGUAUCCCCGGAUGGUGGAUAUGGUUCUACUGCAUCAACCCAGUUGCAUGGACACUCCGUGGCAUCAUUAGCUCUCAACUUGGUGAUGUAGAAACAAGGAUAACAGGACCUGGAUUCAACAGAACUGUAAAAGAAUAUUUGGAAGUCAGCCUUGGAUUUGGCCCUGGGAAGAUUUGGUGGUCUGCUGUUAUACUUGCUGGAUUUGGCUUGCUCUUCUUUUCUGUCUUUGCAGCAUCAGUCAAACUUCUUAACUUCCAAAAAAGAUGAACAGCUGUUCAAGUGUUAAAACUAUUAUCCUUCAUUUAAUCAAAUAUACUUUUAAUUUAAAAA